CUCCGACGACGACGGUCGCCUCCGACGAGUUGACUCAAUCUUCGAGUGAGAACGAUGACGGCGGCAACUCGGGGUCGACAACCCUCGCCGACCGCUUCGCUUGUCCAACCUCGCGUUGUCCUGCUGCGGCGGUGGAUGCGUGAACUGUGUCUGGCUUACCAACAUCCAAAAAGUGCUGGACAUGUCUGAUAAAGUUGGCCUCGAUAAGUCUCUGCAGCUGAUCGAGGAGAACGUCGAAAACUCUACCAUCAAAUCGUAUCUGAUGCUUGAGGUGAGGUUGAAGUUUGAAGGUCGUGAACAGGAACCGCAGCUCUCUGAAUAG